AUGUCUGCAAAUGAUUUACCAUCUUCGGCCCAAGCCUUCCAUGAACAAGUCCUUGGUGGUUUUAUCUCUAGAAAGCUGCUUCUGCACAACCCUAUCGACCACAACACUCAACGAGCCCUUGCGGUCGCACCAACUACUCCAAUAAGCCAUGAGAACAACGCCAGUGGUGCUGUCUUGAUGCUGCUCUCAGUCCUCAUCUGUGGAAUCAUCUUUUGCCUCGGGUUACAUUACAUCAUCUGUUUAGCCUUUAGACGCUAUUCAAGCUUCAUGAUCUCUGAGCCUGUCUCCGUUCUUUCAACACAAUGUGAUUCAUCAAACAAAGGAAUCAAGAAGCAAGCUCUUAGGAUGUUCCCAGUCGUGAGCUACUCACAUGAGAUGAACCUGCGGGGGAUUGGUGAAGAGUGCGUCAUCUGCUUGUCGGAUUUUGUUUCUGGUGAAAAGCUCAGGCUCCUCCCUAAGUGCAACCACGGGUUCCAUGUUCGUUGCAUUGACAAGUGGCUUCAGCAGCACUUGACUUGCCCAAAAUGCAGACACUCUCUUGUUGACACAUGCCAGAAGAUCUUAGGUGACUUCAAUCAAGCUGAUCAAGUGGAAGCAGCACCAACAGAGAGCGUACUUGUCAGGAUAGCUCCUCUAGAACCUGAAGGAAGAGUAAACACUUUUAGAGAAAGCAACUAAGUGCUCAGAACCAUCCAUCAUAAAUUCAGAAUUUAAGCUCAAGUUAGAUAGGAGAUUUUUGAUCUUAGCACAAUUCAUGUCUAUAUGAUUCCGAAAGGACGCACUGAGAUGUCUUUCUUUGUUUUUCUGUAGCAAAAAAUAUAUAUUAGAGAGAAUAUAUAUCACUUUACAGUACCAUCUCGC